AUGCCGCCAUAUACCUGGCCAGCCCUCCCUGAUGACCAAACACGCCACCCUCGCUUCGAUGAUAGAUGGAUCCGAGGACUGGAAAACAUGACGGACGCGAAUUUGGAGCACGCCCUGCUGACGAAGCUUGGGAUUACAACAAGAAACAACGAGGAAGGAGAUCUCUGGCAUUAUCAUUUCUGCGAUUUCCGUCAAAAUCUGCUACCGAGAUACCAGCGUCGAUUUGCAGCCGUUACACGCCGAGUAGCGUCUUGGAUGAGUCUCCCUGCCACACAAGCGAUGAUCAGACCCAAACUCGAGAUCUUUGCCUUACCAACAGGAGCUGCGCUGGUUGCAGGGAACUGGGAUGGUCCCGUGGGUAGAGAACCGGAUGCCACCACCGGUGCAAUUCUUGACUCGUGUUAUGAUUGUCUCCAAUGUAUGCAGGACUAUGCACUGUCACCAGGUGGGGGAACAGGACAAUUGGAAUAUAAUAAUGUUGGAUUUGCGUUGAUUUCCGUCGCUCUCUGUCAAAUGGGAAGAACUAAAGCGACUGACGAGACGGAACUCCCCGAUGCCCAGAGUAUAGUCGACUUUUUCGCUCGCCGUGUUACUGCUCCUGGAGUCCUUCCAUUUGUACCCCAUACCCUUGGUGGUGGCGGUAUUAGUUCGAUCUUUCAGCUCGCACUUGACCAGGGGUCUUGGCUACCAGCAAUAGAGUCACAUGUGGAUUGGCAUCAAAGAACAGCCACAGCGAGGCCAUGCCCGGUGGCUUUUAAUCAACUAGGUAUUCGCGCCCGCUGGCAACUUUGUAAAGUUGCAAAUGUUCGAGUUCUCGCAUGGGCUCGGCGACAUGCCGUUGAAAUCUCCUUUGUCGAGUAUCCUCCAACCGUACCAGCUAUGAGACAUAUGGUCGAAACAUGCGGGUAG